AUGUCCUUCAUCUUCUACCUCACGGCAGCGGCAACCACACCAAACAGCACCAUGGCCCUCAUCCCCGACCACGACUCGUCACACGGCACGAGCAGCAGCGCCAUCCCCGACGCGCGCCAGACACUGCCUUUCCUCCCCGACGCUCCCCCGCCCGACGCCGACGGCCUCCCGGCCCCGCCCAAGCUGUCGCUCCGGCGCGCGCGCGACGUCGCCCGCGCACUGGAGAGCGAGCGCGCGCUCGCAGACGAGGAGUACCGCCUCGCCCUGCUCAAGAGCUACAUCGACUUCAAGCUCACGUACCAUGCCCACGCCGGCCUCCGCCGCAAGCUCCGCCCGCUGGAGCGCGCGUUCCCCCAGUACCGCGGCACGUUUGUCGCCGCGCGCGCAUUCUACCGCCUGCCCCCGCCGUCGUUCGACAGCGAGGAGCCUGCGCGCCUCGAGAGCCUGAUGAGCUCCGCGGCGUCCCUGUUCGCCCACCCCGCCCCGUCGUCCCCUCGGCCCAAGUCCCCCCGCAGCCCAGCCUGCGACACCCCGCCCCCGUACUCUGAAGCAGAACCACUGCGCCACGACGAUAUCAUCGGCCAGCUGCAGCGCAUGGUCGAGGUCGAGCGCGCGGCCCGGUGCGCCGCCGAGCAGCGCCUCGCGGCCGUCGCGACGGCCUAG